AUGUUCAUAGUCGCUACAAUCCUCUGCGCGGUUGCGCUGUUGCUGCUUCAGCUGCUUCGGACUCGCUACAAUGCGCUCAGUCCCAUCCCGGGCCCUUUCUUGGCCAGCUUUAGUAACAUCUGGAAGGUUAUCUCCAUUUACCGACAGAAUAUGCAUCUAGACAAUGUGGCGGCACAUCAGCGCUACGGACCCGUUGUUCGUAUCGGUCCGCAUCAUGUUUCCGUGUCCAGCCCCGAGGCCUUUUCGCAGGUUCACGCAUCUCGAAGCGCGUUCCCCAAGGUACCGGAUCCCCGUCAGCUCUUUAUCAGUCCUCCACGAUCCUUCGUCAGCUCUGCACAAUCCUUCACUGAUUUUUACAAAGUGGGCGCGCCUAGCUUCCGGAACGGUCCGCUGGAGAACCUUUUUUCCAUCCGGGACGCUCAAUACCAUGCCACUCUGCGCAAGAACAUUGGCGGACUGUACACCAAGUCCGCCGUGAAGGAAUUUGAGCCGCAGAUCGCCGAUUGCGUAGCGCUGUUCCUGCGACGCAUGAAAGAGGAACAAGGCAAGUCCUUAGAUAUGUCGUCAUGGGUGCAUUUCUAUGCCUACGACUCUCUAAGUCAGGUGAAUGUGUCGCAGACCAUCGGCUUUCUGGAGAACGGGCGCGAUAUGAACGGUUGGAUUGAGGCGGCUGACCGGGUGUUCGUGGCUGUUGGAUUGUUCACCCAAUCCCCGAUCCUGCAUUCGAUAUUCCGAAUGCUAUCGUCUAUUCUGCUGACCAAAAAUAGCGAGCCUCUUCUUCUGUUUGCGAACGAAAAGUUGGAAGAGCGGCAAAAGUCCUCGGAGAAAAAGACAGACAUGUUGAAUAAAUUCCUGACCUUCCGAGAGUCGCACCCCGAGAAAGUCUCUUUGCGUGAAAUCCACGCCGCUAUCUACAUUAACCUGAUGGCUGGCCAUGACGUCCUCGCCAUCACCCUGCGCGCCAUUUGGUACUAUCUUGCGCAGAACCCGCGCGUCGUGAAGAUCCUGCGCGAGGAGAUCGCGACCGCACGUAGAGAAGAAGGUCUGUCGGACCAUGAAGAUGCUCAGUUGCCCUAUGCGAAGGCAUCGUCGCUGCCAUAUCUGGACGCCGUGCUCCACGAGACAUUCCGGAUUCACCCCAACACGGGCACGAUUCUCGAGCGCAAAGUCCCCAAAGAGGGGGUUACAAUUGAUGGGUACCACCUUCCGGCCAACACUACGGUGGGAGUGAACGCCUGGGUGCUCCAUCGCGAUCGGGUCUUCGGUGCCGAUGUCGAUGUCUAUAGACCGGAGCGGUGGAUCGAGGCAACUGCACAGGAGAGAAUUGAGAUGAAGAAGCUAUUGUUUACGUUCGGCGCCGGCACGCAUACCUGUAUUGGGCAGCAUAUUGCCAUGAUUCAAAUCGUCAAAGUGGCGGCGGAGUUCUUCCAUCGAUUUGAGAUCGAGCUGACCCAACCAGAGCGAGCGUGGAAGGUGAUGGGAAGUUGGGUGACCAAACAAACGGGUAUGGACAUGGUGGUAACAGGGGCUUUUGCUCUGGAUCUCCCCCCCCUUCAACUUGUCAGCGCAUUGUCAUUCCCUGGUGACCAUUGUCAUCACCUUCAUCUCGCCAUGUCGGAUUCGACUGCGGAGCCUCACUAUCCUCCGGGGUACCUGGAGGAGGACCGAAGCAGUCAAGUCAUUGUGGCCUCCAGUUUUAUUCUGGUGUUGACCACCAUUCUGUUGGCCAUGCGACUAUACGCACGCAGUCUCACCAAGGCUGUCCGAGGUUGGGACGAGUUCUUGCUCGUGCCCUCAUACAUCUGUUUAAUGGGGUUAAUCGUCUGUCUAUACUGCGAUGUCAUCUACGGCGGCCUCGGUCGACAUACCGCCUCGGUCAUGGCCGAAGACCCCAAAAUGAUGGUCACUUUUGCGAAGCUUCUCUAUAUUCUUGAUUGGUUUUACGUGCCUUCGAAUUGCCUGUCUCGUAUCUCGGUUGUGGCGCUCUACCUGCGCAUCUUUACCAGCAAGCUCUAUCGCGGCAUCUGCUGGUUCGCGAUCGCUUUUCUGAUUGCUAAUAUGCUGUCUACCAUCAUCGCUGCCCAGCUUGAGUGCGUCCCACUGGCAUAUACGUGGGAUAAGACGCUUCCGGGCGGCGGAAAAUGCUUUGACCAGAUCCUUUGGUACGAAGUGAGCAAUAUUCCUAACGUCGUGGGCGAUCUGAUGAUUCUUGUUCUGCCCAUUCCGACGGUGUGGGGCUUGAAGGCCUCGGCGGGAAGGAAGCUUGGUAUUGCGAUGGUCUUUUUCAUGGGAAGCAUUGGUCUUUUCGCCUCCUGCAUGCGAACCGGGGUUUUCUUCCGCGACUCUGAAAUGUUCAAGACAGACGCUACCUGGGCUACGGAAUCCUUCUCCUGGACCGCCGUCGAAUGCGGAAUGUAUUUCAGCGCAGCCUGCCUCAUCGGCAUGCGCCCUCUAUUCUCGAAACUCCCACGCUGGCUCCGCGACCGCAUCCUCCACCCCUCUGACCGCGGCAACUCCACCCUCGAAGCGCGCUCUGGAACAGGGCCGGCUCACAGUUUCAAACGAUCCCACCACAGACACCGGCCGUACCUGAACCUCUCGAGCGGACGGAACGGCACCGGCACCGACCCCGAGGCUGCCCAGGGCGAAGCAACGCAGCUCACGUCGAUGAACGGCGUGAUGACGAGUACGGUGGUGUCGCCGCGCGGGAGCGGGUUCGAGGACGACGAGAUCCGGAAUCUGGUGAAGGAUGAUGGGGAUAUUCGCAUCCAGACGAGGAUCGAGGUGAAGAGUGAUCGGGGUGGGUAUUGA